GCUAUGGCCAGAGGGAUGGGUAAUUCAUUGGGGACCACCAGCGCUGCCCAUGGGGGAUCUGUGGGGACAGGGGCUGGGGGGGCAGCCGGACUCACCCCUGGUCCCCCCGCAGAGAUCCGCGAAGCCUUCAAGGUGUUCGACCGGGAUGGCAACGGCUUCAUCUCCAAGCAGGAGCUGGGCACAGCCAUGCGCUCUCUGGGCUACAUGCCCAACGAGGUGGAGCUGGAAGUCAUCAUCCAGCGCCUCGACAUGGACGGCGAUGGGCAGGUGGACUUUGAGGAGUUUGUGACAUUACUGGGGCCCAAACUGUCCACCUCAGGCAUCCCGGAGAAGUUCCACGGCACAGACUUUGACACUGUCUUCUGGAAGUGCGACAUGCAGAAGCUGACGGUGGACGAGCUGAAGCGGCUGCUGUACGACACCUUCUGCGAGCACCUCUCCAUGAAGGACAUCGAGAACAUCAUCAUGACGGAGGAGGAGAGCCACAUGGGCACGGCCGAGGAGUGCCCCGUCGACGUGGAGACCUGCUCCAGCCAGCAGAUCCGGCAGACCUGUGUGCGGAAGAGCCUCAUCUGCGCCUUCGCCAUCGCCUUCAUCAUCAGCGUGAUGCUCAUCGCCGCCAACCAGGUGCUGCGCAGCGGCAUGAAGUAGUGGGGCCGCCCCGAGCGCCUGCCUCCGGCCACCGAUGGGGAGCCACACCUGUAGCGAGGAGUAUCGAGAGAGAUAUAUAUCCAUAUUCAAAUCAGACAUGCAAAAACCCCCCCGGGAGGGGGGCAAACCUGAAGGGGGAAGACCUGUGCUGGGUCCCCGCUGUCUGGAACGAUGCGAUCGCAUGGCUGUUUGCAGAACAUGGAAACUUUGAUAAAGACACACAAACACACACAGAAAAGACCCUCGCCAGAAAAAAAACCCAAACCGUAAGUGCAUGUAACGUGCAUGGAGCCCCGUGUGCUGCCCCCUCCCCGCGCCGGGGGCAGAUUGCCCCCCCCGGGCGUAGGAUCCCAUCGGAUACACCGAUACUAUCGUCUAUAGCUCUAUAUUUAUGAUAAAAACCAAAUCAUCCCCUAAGCAAUACACGCGCCUGAGAUGGUUUCUAGAGAUGGGAGCGUUUGCAUGGACUUGGCUGCCAAGGGCUGGAUUUCACACACAC